AUGCCAAGUCUUGACAUUAAUGGAUUACCACAAACUGAAGAGGAAAUUGAUUUUACAGAUAUAGAAGAGAAGUAUAAAGUUUCUUUUGAAAAAGGGCUUGAUACAAUUAUAGUAGUUGAUAAUGCACCAGUUGUUGAUCAGAGUAGAGUAGCUAAAUUAUUAACUUUUAUAAAAAAGAUUUUUAAGAAUGUUGGCGAGAUUAAGGAAAAUGGCAUUUUCAUGCCAAUGGAUCCUGAACCUGAACCUGAAACUGGGAAAUUAAAAUCAAGAGGUCUAGCAAUUAAACAGUAUGAUGGAUAUCCUAUGGAUAAAACACAUUACCUUGCUUUAAAUCAUUUUACUGAUAUUGAAAAAUAUUCACAAAUUGAAGAAGAAUACAAAGAGCCAGAAGAAGAAAAAUUUGUGGAAAAGGAACACUUAAGGAGUUGGCUUACUGAUCCAUCUGCAAGAGAUCAAUUUGUUUUAUAUCAUAAUGAUGACGUUCAUAUUUUUUGGAACAAAAAAAAAGAGCCACCAGAAGAAGUUUAUAAAAGAACUAAUUGGACAGAGACUUAUGUUCAAUGGUCACCGUUAGGAACAUACCUUGCAACAUUUCACAGACAGGGUAUUGCUUUAUGGGGUGGAUCAAGUUGGAAUAAGAUUACUCGAUUUUAUCAUCCUAAUGUAAAACUUAUUGAUUUUUCACCAAAUGAAACUUAUCUUGUUACAUGGAGCAAUGAACCAAUAAGCUUGGGACCUAAUGGAGGCCCAGGAAUACCUUUUGGACCAGAUGAUGAAGGAAAUCAAAUUAUUAUAUGGGAUGUUCGCUUUGGUGUGUCGCUCAGAUCUUUUCCUUCCACAACAACAUCACCAACAGGUGAACUAUCAUCUCAAAAAAUCAUAUGGCCAAUAUUCAAAUGGUCUCCAAGUGACAAGUAUUUUGCUCGAGUAACACAAGAUCAACAAAUAUCUGUUUAUGAAACUCCUGAAAUGGGCUUGCUUGAUAAAAAAAGUAUAAAGAUUGAGGGUGUAAUGUUUUUUGAAUGGGCUCCGACUUCUGAAAAAUCCAAACAAUUGGGUGGGAAAAAAUCUGAAGAAUUUCUUUUAAGUUAUUGGACACGUGAAAUUGACAAUCAACCAGCUAGAGUUACUCUUUUGAAAAUCCCAUCUAAAGAAGUAUUAAGAAUAAGGACUUUAGUUAAUGUUAAAGAUGUAAGUGUGUCAUUUCAAAUCAUUCAAAACAAAAAUAAAUACAAACAUAUUGAUCGACAUACCAAAACCAAAAAAUCAACUUAUGCUACUUUGGAAAUUUUUAGAAUAAGAGAAAAAGAUAUUCCUGUUGAAGUAAUUGAAAUAAAAGAUACUGUGAUAACUUUUGCUUGGGAACCAAAUGGUGAACGUUUUGCAAUUAUAACAACAAAUGAUCCUAAUUAUGGACAACCUGGAGUUGCAUCAAGAACAAAUGUAUCCUUAUAUUAUCUUGAAAAACCCAAACCUGGGAAAAGCAGUGUUGCUAAUUUUAAACUUAUUAAAACUUUGGAGAAAAAAACUUCAAAUUCAAUAUUUUGGUCUCCACAUGGUCGACAUUUUGUUUUGGCUACCCUCAGAUCACAGUCAGUUUUUGAUUUAGAGUUUUGGGAUUUGGAUUUUGAAGGAUUUAGUGGUGAACGAGGAGAAUCAUCAACAAAGAAUGAUCCAGCUGCAUCUAUUCAACUUAUGAGCACACAAGAACAUUAUGGAGUAACUGAUAUUGAAUGGGAUCCUACUGGUCGAUUUGUAAUAAGUAGUUCUAGCAUGUGGAGACAAGGGAAUGAUAAUGGAUACACAAUAUGGGAUUUCAAAGGCACAUCAUUACAAAAACAUUUAAUAGAUAAAUUCAAACAAUUAUUAUGGAGACCUCGCCCUAAAAGUUUGUUGAGUAAUGAACAAAAACAGAAAAUCAAAAAGAAUCUACGAGAAUAUUCUAAACAAUUUGAUGAAGAAGAUACAUUAGUGCAAACAUUUGUAUCUAAAGAACAGAUAGCACAUCGUCGUAGACUUAUGGAUGAAUGGAAUGCCUGGCGUAAGCGUGUUGAGAAAGAAUUGAGUGAAGAGAGAGAAAAAGCAGGCUUCAAACCAACUUCAAAACAUGUUGAAGAAAAUGUUGAAAUUGUUGAAGAAUGGAUUGAAGAGGUUGUGGAAGAACUUGAAGAAGUUAUUGAUGAUUAA